AUGCCUGAGAGGAUUACAGAGAAACCUGAAGAGGACUGGAAGAAACGAUGCGGUGACAAUGUUUCCCGUUCAGCUCUGUCUCGUUUGUUCACUCUUCAGUUAAAUUCCAGGAAGAACUCCCGUCGCCUCGACGUGAGUUCAACGUGGAUGGGAAUUCACACAGAGAGCCACAUAAUCAUGGAGAAAUAUCUGGCACGUAUGAGUCACAUCCAAGAUGAUGGAGGGAUGACAGAUGAGAGCCAGCAGAGGAACUCGGAGAAGCAGGAUACAGCACCCCGCCCAGCUCCCAGAAACCUGAUCCAGAACCAGGUCCAGACUGCAGUUUCCACCCCGGUCCAGAAGCCUAUCAGUCUCGUCAGUCCUGGAUCAGCAGUGGCUUCAGUGUCAGCCAGUAAUGGCUGCCUGAAGCCUCCUCUCCCUCAGGCGGUGGUUCAGCCGGAGGACAGAGGCUUCCCCCCUGCCCAGCCCUGGUUCCCCCCUCAGCAGAGUCCAUCCAAACGCAGGGUGGCUGCCGAUGUGCUGUUUGACAGCUUCGCUUCAGAUGGAAGAAUCAAUGUCAACCAGUUCUUUGAGGCCAUUUGGAGCUCCGGCCUGCACAGGUCCGACCCUCGGAUCAGAGAGUGUUUCUUCCACCUGAGGAAACUGCAGGACGCCGAGGGAUCAGUGGACAGAAACACCUUCCACAGGUGCGUCACAGGAUUUGUCUCUCUGAUCCUAAAAGCUCUGCAGGGACGAUUUGUCAUCCCAGAUUUUUCCACCUUCACUGAAGAAACUCAGAAAUUGUUUUCAAGGUGUCGGCAGCUGUCGUCUGUACAGGAGAAGGAAAAGGAGAGCAUGGACAGCACUAAGUGGGGCGUCUCAAUCUGCACUGUGGAUGGGCAGAGGUUGUCUUUGGGAGACUGGGCUGGCUCUCUCGUUCUAGGUGAGGUGUCAUGGCCACUGGUGUAUGGCGUGGCGGUGGACCUGCUGGGUUCCGACCUCGUCCACAGAUACGUUGGCGUGGAGGGGUACUCCAGAUACGACUCUCCGUUUACUCUCACUAAAACAGGGAUCCCUCACAGCCCACUCACUGAGACAGGAGCCAUCGUUACUACAUCUUUAAUACAGCUGGCGGGGAGGUUGAGUUCAGAGGAAGAGGAGAAGUACGACUCGGUGCUGAACGUCAUCCGGAGGCUCUGCAACAAAGAGCACGCCAACUUAAACUGCACCAGUUAUCAGAGCAGCAGGAAGGCCAGUGUCCGACUCCACGCCCUGUCCUUCUACCUGCAGGAGAAAAAGUGUUUUCCAGAGAAGGCCGACAUUAAUGCCGCUUUGGAUCUAAUGCUGCAGUGCGCCUCAACAGAGAUCACCUGCGAAUCAGGAGCCGCCAUGGCUGCUUCGUUAGCCAAUGGAGGCCUCUGCCCACUGUCAGGUGACCAGGUGCUGUCGCCAGCGGCAACGCGGAAUAUGCUGUCCAUGAUGCAGGUGGCAGGGAUGAAGGAUUACUCCACGACCUUCCACUACAAGACGUCGAUACCGGCCGUGUCCAGCAGCCACGGCUCCCUGCUGGCGGUGGUUCCUGGUGUUUUGGGUCUGAUGGCGUUCUCUUCUGAGUUAGACGCCUGUGGGAACCCCUGGAGGGCCGUCCACUUCUGCCAGGAGCUGAUAUCGACAUUUCAGCUGCACAGUUUUGACAUCAGGACUCCGUUCAGGCAGAUUCUGGCCUACAGACAGUGGAAGGCUGAAUCUGAGGGAUACCAGAUCAUGAACGUCCUGCUGGCAGCUUUUAAAGGAGACGUCCAGGCCCUGAGGAGGUACUUCCUGUCUGGAGUGGAUGUAAACGCUGUCGACUAUGACGGCAGGUCGGCUCUGCACGUGGCGGCCGCCGAAGGUCACACAGAGGUCAUCCGCUUCCUGCUGGAGAACACCGGAGCGAACGCCGUCCUCCGGGACAGGUGGGGGAGCUCUCCUCUGCAGGAGGCCAGGAGGCACAACAGGGAGGCUGCAGUCCAACUGCUGCAGGGAGCCGUCUGACCCGUCCGACCCAUACCUCCACAAUCUGACCUUUGACCUCUUUAAAAGGUUCACUGACUAGAACUGUGUCUGCAGGUCG